AUGAUUCCUGUACCACAUUUUCAUUUAUACUUCAACAAGAUGCCGCUCCAGCUCACGAAACCCGCUCCCCAAUUCAAGACUACAGCGGUGGUGAACGGCGAGUUCAAGGACAUCUCGCUGUCCGACUACAAGGGCAAAUAUGUGGUGCUGUUCUUCUACCCACUUGACUUCACUUUCGUGUGCCCAACCGAGAUCAUUGCGUUUUCUGAGCGCGCUGACGACUUCCGCAAGAUCAACUGCGAGAUAAUCGCAGCCUCCACAGACUCCCACUUCACUCAUCUCGCCUGGAUCAACACGCCCAGAAAACAAGGGGGUCUUGGCCCUAUGAACAUCCCGAUCCUGAGCGACAAGACGCAUAGCAUCUCUCGUGACUAUGGUGUAUUGAACGAGGAGGUCGGAGUUCCAUUCCGAGGCCUGUUCAUUAUCGACGGCAAGCAGAACCUCAGGCAGAUCACCAUCAAUGACCUGCCCGUGGGACGGUCAGUAGAUGAGACACUCCGUCUAGUUCAAGCGUUCCAGUUCACGGACAAGCAUGGAGAGGUGUGCCCGGCCAACUGGCAGCCCGGAUCGAAGACAAUCAAACCUGAUACUAAAGCUGCCCAGGAGUACUUUGUUGAUGCCAACUAA